GGGAGCGCGUUACUCGCGGAGCACUUUAGGACCGCACCUCGUCCCGGCCGCCUUCCCGGCCUCGACCCCGCACCCGAGCCCAGCUCCGGGAACCCCGCCCACCCCAGCGCCCCGCCAUGGGCAACACGACGAGCGAGCGCGCCGGCCUGGAGCGCCAGGGCGGGCACAAGGCGCCCCGCAGGGACAGCGCGGGGGGCGCCAAGGACGGCGACAGGCCCAAGAUCCUCAUGGACAGCCCCGAGGACGCCGACCUCUUCCACGCCGAGGGGGUCAAGGCCCCCGAGAAGGAGGAAUUCCUGGCCUGGCAGCACGACCUGGAAGUGAGUGACAAAGCUCCUGCCCAGGCCCGGCCCACCGUGUUCCGAUGGACAGGGGGCGGGAAGGAAGUUUACUUAUCGGGGUCCUUCAACAACUGGAGCAAGCUGCCCCUCACGAGAAGCCACAACAACUUUGUCGCCAUCCUGGACCUGCCUGAGGGCGAGCACCAGUACAAGUUCUUUGUGGACGGUCAGUGGACACACGACCCAUCUGAGCCCAUCGUGACCAGCCAGCUGGGCACCGUUAACAACAUCAUUCAGGUGAAGAAAACGGACUUUGAAGUCUUCGAUGCUCUAAUGGUGGAUUCCCAGAAGUGCUCUGAUGUGUCUGAGCUGUCCAGCUCCCCACCUGGCCCCUACCACCAGGAGCCCUAUGUGUGCAAGACAGAAGAGCGGUUUAAGGCCCCGCCCAUCCUGCCCCCCCACCUGCUGCAGGUCAUCUUGAACAAGGACACGGGCAUUUCCUGCGAUCCUGCUUUGCUCCCGGAACCCAACCACGUCAUGUUAAACCACCUCUACGCACUUUCCAUCAAGGACGGGGUGAUGGUGCUCAGUGCGACACACCGGUACAAGAAAAAGUACGUCACCACCUUACUCUACAAGCCCAUAUGACAGUGGGGAACAGGCAGUACGUCCCAGAGAACCGACUCCAGGCACGCCUGCCUCCCUUCCUCGGGGGACAAGGGCCGUCAGUUCUCUUGCUCUAAAACAUUUCCCACCUGCUCUCGCCCGGCUGGAGGGUUCGACCCAGACUCCGCAGCCCAUAGCUCCUUCCUGGUACCUCUUGGGGUCUGCCAGCGCUCUGGCAUCAGGGCAGAAGGGGGAGAAGCAGGCACCCCACACCGAAGCCCGAGUUCAGCCGAUGCCUCUGUACGGCGGGAACAUGCGUGGAGAUUUUUCUUCUGAAGCCAAAAAAAUAAAAAUGAGCACCAGCUGACCCGCUGGUGGAAAAACACCCGCAGAAAGAGACAAGCUAGCCGGCAUUUCUGAGUGACUCGUUUUUCUCAGGCUACCAGCCUGGCCCCACAAGCAGCUGACCUAGGGGGCCCCAGCAAGCAAGCUUUUUGAGGUCCAAGCAAUAGAUUGUCCCCCGCACUCUGCACCAGGGAACAUCGUUUCUAUAGAAGUUAGGCUCUGAUCACCAAAUGGGAGUUUGACGAUUGUUUCUAAGACUUUUGUGAACUCAGUACUUUUUUUCUUGAACACAACUCUCCGUGACGGACUUGCCCCGCCUUGGGUAACUUGGCAGUGCCCCUGUGUAGACCGUAGACUCCAGAGCCCGUCAGCCGUGCCCAGCAAUAAUUUGUUCCCAGAACAAACUGGAAACCGGCUCCGCCUUGCUCUGUUCAGCUGGCUGGCCCUGAAGACCCAGUGGCCGGUCACCUGACCUUUAUUCUACCUUUUAUGUCCUGAGGUGACCUGCCCCCCUCGAAAACUCGAGCAAAGCCCCCCCUCAUGCCAGCCAGCCUCUGCCCACCCUGCUCGGGGCCUCAGUCCCUCCUUAGCAGAGAAGCUCCAGCACUUGUUGCUGCUCACCUUGAAGGGGGGUAGGGGCUGGAUGGUCGCUUACUCUGUCAGGAGACCCCACCUCCCCGCCCCGUGGACCAAAGCCGCCUUCUUGAUCUUGUCACUCGGCCUCACUGCAGGGAGACACUGUCCCCAUGUGGCUCGGGGACAACUAGAUCGGGGGACCCUUCUUUUGUUACUCUUUUCAGAACACUGGUUGACCCACUCACUUUGCCGUGUAGGUCUCAAUAAAGCUUUGUAAAGAA